AUGCCGCCGACAACCCGGCCUUCUCACACGGAGCCAGCUGUCAGAAACCUAGGUCUCUUUGGCGGAGCAUUGCGCAAUUUGCAGAGCAACAGACCGGCAGUGCCUCAGUCGUCCGGCAACGCAGGAACUUUGGGGGGCCCUUCGGUCGGGAGCCCCUUUUUCAGCCCGUCUCAACCCAACACCAGCCAAGCUCCUCCUCGGAGCCAGCCACACCUCUUCAACUAUGCCUCGAUGCAGUCUACUGCACCGAGAAGCCAGCCCAACCCGACACCACCCGCUCCGCUCCUAGAAUGGCAGCUCGACCAGCUUCUGCAGGAUCGGAACGACACACACGACCUGAAGGAGUUGUGGCAGUCGUACCAGCCAGGCCCUUCCUUCAUCGAGCGCAACGGGGUUCUCCUCCCUCCCCCUGGCGCAAAGCCCUCUGCUGGAUCUUCCAAGUCCAUCGGAUCCUCAGGCCCGCCCCAGACCUUUGGGAGGCGCAUGGGGUCCGGCGGUAUAUCUAAUGGUGGCCAGCGUCAGUCCCGACGUGAGCAGUUGGCGCCCAGCAGCAUAUUCCACAUCAUCCAUUCCACACCCUCUACUAUUCCAAUCUCAGCCCAGGGUACGCUUUCCCAGGCACCUCGCCAGCAGCCCUCUUCCUCCGGCUCAACCACGGCCCCGUCCCAAGAUGUUUCCGAACGCGAGAUGGAAGCAAUGUACCGCGAGGGCAACCGCCUCCUUGACCUCGACGCCGGCAGCCGCACAACUGCCGACAGAUCUACCCGCCGUAGCCAGGUCGAACUCGCCCACCAAGCUGCCCGGGACCUCCGCGCCCGCGUGCGUGCUCGCAGGGCCAUGGAGCAGGCGGAGACGUACACCCCCGAAACCAGCGAUUCCCUCAUGACGGCGCCGUCGCCGUCGCCGACGUCGAGUUCCACGGAGCCCGCGGAGCUGGACGCAUGCAACACGCAGCUCGCCCCGAAGACUGCUGCUCCUACGCCUCCCAGCCGGCCUUCUCUCUUCGAAAAAGCUCUCAGCCCGGAGGAGUACAACCCGGCACCAGUCCGGGGAGGUCCUGCUUCCGGCCGCGGGGGCCUCUUUGGGGGAGCUCUCUACAACCCAGCACCAGCCCGGGGCAACGCCACAGACGACACCUCCAUUCCAAAGGCCGCCGCCCCUGCUCCCGGCCGAAGUGGCCUUCUUGGUGAAUCGGCUCGCAUGGCUUAUGCCGGAGGUGGUCUCUUCGGUACCAGUCUAACGCCGUCCCAGCAAGGGCCUUCCGGCAUCUUCGCCUCCCAGCUUCCAUACCACAGCACCAGGGAAGAGUCAUCUCGCAGGUCUACAGAUGAGGAAGAGGACCCGUAA